UUCCAGUUUUCUUCAUUAAUUUUAAAUGAAAGGUUUCGGGAACGCAACGAUUAUCAUUCCUAUUUCUCUUUGUUUUAUUUUCAUAUUCAUUUAUCAUUUUGAAGACGUGCUUGCGGCUCCUCCUACUAGGCAUUUGUGUCGUCCCGAACAAAGGGAUGCACUUCUCGCUUUCAAAAACGAGUUUCAUAUUGGGAAGCCUAAUCCUGAUUGUAUGGAGUAUAGCAUUGAACCUCAUCCGAGGAUGGAGUCAUGGGUGGAUAACAGCGACUGCUGUACUUGGAAGGGUAUCACGUGCAAUGCCAAGUCCAGAGAAGUGGUUGGGCUAGACCUUCGCUGCAGCUUUCUCCAUGGCCGGUUUCAUUCCAAUAGCAGUCUUCAAAAACUUCCUUUUCUAACCACUCUUGACCUUUCAUUUAAUGAUUUUUAUGGUCAAGUCCCGUCUUUGAUUGGAAACUUUCCUCAUCUCACCACUCUCAACCUUUCUAUGAAUCAACUUUCGGGUCAGAUUCCAUCUUCAAUUGGAAAUCUUUCUCAUCUUACAACUCUCCGCCUUUCGGAAAAUAAUUUUAGUGGGCGGAUUCCAUCUUCGAUUGAAAACCUUUUUCAUCUUACCUCUCUCCAACUUUCGCUUAAUAAUCUCAGUGGUCGAAUUCCAUCUUGGAUUGGAAACCUUUCUCAUCUCACCUAUCUCUACCUUCAUUUUAAUCAAUUUUCUGGUGAAAUCCCAUCUUCAAUUGGAAACCUUUCUCAACUCAUCGAGCUUAGCCUUUGGGGAAACAAUCUCGUUGGCGAAAUCCCAUCUUCAAUAGGAAACCUUUCUCAACUCACCCUUCUCAGCCUUUCGGGAAACAAUCUCGUUGGCGAAAUCCCAUCUUCAAUAGGAAACCUUUCUCAACUCACCCUUCUCAGCCUUUCGGGAAACAAUCUCGUUGGUGAAAUCCCAUCUUCUUUUGGCAAUCUCAACAAGAUGAACAUCUUUCAAGUAAGUCAAAAUGCUUUCACUGGAACUAUCCCUUCUUGUCUCCUCACCAUUCCUUCUUUGAGAUAUAUUGAUUUGAGUGAUAACCAACUCAACGGCACUCUUGAGUUUGGUAAUAUUUCUUCACCAUCUAACCUAGAAGAGUUAUCCCUUGGAAGCAACAACUUCAAAGGGCCAAUCCCGAGAUCCAUUUCCAGAUUUGUCAACCUCUUGUAUCUUGACCUUUCUCAUUUCGACACCCAAGGCCGCCCAGUUGACUUUAGUAUCUUCUCGCAUCUCAAGUCACUCAGAUCUCUAUACCUUUCACAUUUAAACACCACCACUACGAUUGACUUGAAUGAUAUCUUAUCAUAUUCCAAAAUCCUCACUCUUUUAGAUCUCUCAGGCAACCAUGUUUCAACAACAAACAAAAGUUCAGUUUCAAAUCCCCCUUCACAGGAGAUCGAUUCUUUGAGCUUAUCAGGCUGCGGUAUUGUAGAAACUAGGUUUCAACAAUGA